GACGGAUACACUUUUAGUUCGGUCCGACAAUUUUGACAGAAUGUUGGUUAUCUUUCGUUUCUUCAUUAGAGCCCGGUGGUCUUUGUUCUUGCGGCGGAACAGUGGGCUGUAUGUUCUGCCCGUGCUCUUUUUGUUCUCUCAGUACUUUUAUGCAGGCCCCGAUCGCCUUUGUGACACCACAACAUGGGCGUUUAUCAAGUGUUAUGAGGAGCUGCUUCUGAUAUGGGAUACCUUGCCCGACGUGGCGGUGGUCGCCGAGUUCAUGUUGUAUAAUGUUUUUACUGGUGCUCCGCAGCCUUACGGACCUGAGCUUACCGCCACGUUUCGAGGGUGCUACAAUCAGAGGAACCGCGCGGAUUUUCCGAAAAUUUUGCAGGCUUGCCGGGAGGGUGGUGUAUUUUUCCGUUUGGGAGAGCACAUCACAAAAAUCAUGGAUGCAUCAACUUCGGUUCCCUGGCUGCUCGGGUCGAUGGCGCAGAUAGAGGCUGCGUUGCUUGGCGUCAAAGGAAUUGGCGCUUUCAAUGCGAAGGAGUUUUUGUGGCACAUCAUCUUGCUUCACGAGGCGCGUACUAACGCGCAUUCACCUUUACGCGAGUAUUUCGUUGGCAAGAGUUUGUUCGGCAACGGUGCCUGCGACGGGUUGCGUAUAUUCUAUCCUCUUCUCACUGCCUCGCGCAUUGAUGAUGCCGCUCGCGACUUGUACUCGGCAUUAGAGGAUCUGGGCAUUUGGUUGCCCUGCAUGCAUUCGUUGCAGUGGAAGUUGUGCUUGUUUCAGAAAUCGCUCAACGCGUGCUACACGAGGCCGGCGCCUGGGGACAGAUCCAUGGUGAAGGAGCCCAGCCGUGUCAAGAUCUGGGCGCAGUUGCUUCGACAUCCCCACUGGCCAUCCCUCCGUCGAGAAAUCCUCUCAUAUGGUUUGGGGAAUGAGUUGUGUCAUUUUGAACAUUCGAUUGAGGUCCUGCAGAAUGUGCCCAGGCACUUGCCAGGCCAUGUUACGUGUCGCACGUGCUUGGGUCUUUCAACGAAAAGCCACGGAUCGUGGCAAGCUCACUAUACGUGCUACCGGUUGAUACAGGAUGCACGCGCGACGAGCCGGCAGCGCCCUCUGACGCAGUUUUUUCGAGUGGCCCCUUCUGAGGCUCCAGUGUAAGGUCGCUGCAGCCGGGAACAUCCCGCUGCCUUCGCCGCCAGCCUCCGGUUCCUGCUCCCGCCAGUUUUUCUCCUGUUGGAUGUGUGGUGGUUCUCUCUGCGCCCACUGCGCAAGCCGCACGUGCGGUGGCGCGCUGGCGUCGGCAGGCGGCCGGCUUCUGUGUGACGGCGUCCUUGCAUGGCGACGCGCGCCCAGAUCAGAAUCGCCUUUUUUCAACCACGCACUUUUCAAGGCUGCUCCGAUGAAAGGGUCAGUCGGCAGCAGGCAGGGUCAGGCGUUGGCUGUCGCCCAUCAGGUGUUGCAGGCACUGCACCCUUCUCUCCUCUUCUGCUCGCUUUCCUUGGGAUAGGCUUCCAU